AUGGAUAUUUCAAGAUUCAUUGAAAGAUAAGACCUUAUAACAGAAGCUGAAAAAGAUUUUGAAAUACCGUUUAUGUAUCAUAAAUCCAUUGAAGUCAGUGACACAACUGAUUUCAGUGAUGCAUACUUUUUACUUCAUAAUGGAGAAGGCUUGGUAAUAAUAUUGCAUGAGAUGAGUAUGGAAAGGCAUGAAUUUUCAAAAAGUGAUUCUUAAAAGAAACUUGAAAUAGUCCAACUCUAAAUGCCUACGUAUGAAAAAAAUGAAGGAUAUAAGAUUGUAGUUUCAGCUAACUAGGCAUUCUCAGUUCAUCUUUUGUUAAAGCGAGAUAAGAUUUAUAUAACAAAAGAAUUCGAUAUUAAUGUAUCUAAUCAACAGUCAAAGCCAUUUUCUGACUUUCAUUCAGCAUUUACACUUGAUAUCGAGAACCACAUUGUUUUAUUCAACAAACAGCAUGCCCUUAUAUUGGAUCUUAAAAAUCGUCAAGUUAAUUAAGUAUAUGACAUAAACUGCUAAGGAUUUAUCCUUUUCAAUCUCAUUAUUAACUAUGCAGUCUGCUAUGAAUCACCUAUUUCUCCUUCUUAAGGACUUAAAAUGAUAGAUGCCAUUGCCUUAUCUGAAUCUAAUGAGAUUAAAAUGCUUUUACUAAAAGAGGAAGAUAUUGGAGCUUAUUCAAAUAUCUACUUUGACUCAGAUAUUUCUAGAAUUUGUUUCAUGUAGUCCGUUCACCAUAUUAUUAUUACUCCUUACAUGCACACUAACAUUAAUAAAUUUAUGGGAAUGGGAAACCCAGCAGAAUAUCUAUUUCAUAAAAUUAAUUUUAAUAUCGAAGACAGAAAUAAAGAACUGUAAUGA